AUGAGUGAUAAUGCAAAGCCCGACUCCCAGCCUAGAGGUUCAGACUCCCCUAUACCUCUCGGUCUGUGGUACAUCACAGGCGGCACCGGCCCUCGACCAACGUGGGAAGUCUACCUCUCGCGAGCACAGGCCAGAGUAGAGCGCGCCAGGGACGAGGAAGCAUACAAGACCGCUCGACAGGAGGCUGCAAAGGAGGCCAAGCUGCCGGCACUAGAGUUCAAACGCCGGUGGGGUGGUGGCCAGUUGGAUCGGCUCCUCCAUCCAAAGCAAGAGCGUGAGCGGUUCAGGAAAUGGCGUCAAGAGCAGGGAGGUAGAGGGCACGCUGCAGAUACACCAGCUGGCCAGGAGGAGCAGAAAGAAGAGGUCAAGACGGGCGAGACAAAACAGGUGGAAGAGGAGAAGCAGGAAGAGCAGGCACAAGGACAAGCAACGACUCCUCAAGAAACAACUGACUCUCCCGGUCCCGUUGACAAUGACGAAAUCCCAGGACAGAACAUCGAAACCCCAGGACAGAACAUCGAAACCCCAGGACAGAACAUCAAAACCUCAGCUUCCGACACUGUCAUCAGAGAUGAAGCAAACAACGCUCCGAUCCAGCCAGUCUCAGCAGCCGGAGAUGAAACUCAAGCAAACAGUCCACAACACAGGGCAGAAUCAUCCAGCAGCCAUGACUCUGGCGCUAGCAAAGGGCCCGAGGAGAAAGGAGAGUUGGACGCCCAGAACAUCACGAGUGACAGAAGUGACCAAGACAGUCGAAAAGACAUCCAUGAUGGGAAAGGGCCAUGA